AUGGUCGUUGACACAGGGGCCAAUGUCACCAUUUUGAGCCAAGAUUUAGCACAACAACUUGGCGUAAAAAUUCUUCGGACACCGCCCUGCGUUACCCUUCAGACCGUGAAAGGGGAUAAAAUCCCCAUUAUUGGCAAGAUGCAUAUAACAAUUAAGUUUGGAAAUGUGUUAUAUGGCCAUACCGUGUUUGUAGCCGAAAUCACCGACAUUUUUAUACUCGGUUUGGACUUCUUAACAAAACAUAAUUUUGUAAUUGACUUUGAGAAUAAUGUGCUACGCUCAAAUUCGGAAGAUGUAGCGUUAUUCCAGUUAGGAGCUGUUGAAAGAGAACCGUGUCAUCGAAUAACUUGUAAAAGUGAUAUUACUAUUCCAGCUCGAAUUGAGAUGCUUGUAAGAGGGGCCGCUGAGAAAAGUCAAAACUUUCGACAUGGUCUAACUGAAUUUCCGGACUCUGAAAAUUUUCCAAAAGGUGUAUUGGUUGCUUCCGCACUGGUAGAUCUUUCGAAGGAAACUGUACCAGUCAGAGUUGUUAAUCUAACUGGUAAUCCUAAAACAAUCAGGAAAGGCGACGUAUUAGCAACAUGUGCUCCAGUCACCUGUAUACAGAAACAUCCCGAAAUCAUGUCGAAAAAGCCUUCUAAAGAACUCGAACUGAAUCUGUUGAAGCCCACUGAAUUGAAUGAGGAACAGAAAAGUGUAGCAUGGAUGCUUAUUGACGAAUACGAGGAACUGUUUUCCUGUACAUCUGGUGACCUCGGGAGAACGAAAUUGGCUCAACAUCGAAUUGAAACUGGGAAUCACUCUCCUAUUAAACAGAAUCCCCGAAGACUACCAAUUGCUAAGACAACAGAAGUUAAAGAUCUACUAAGGGACAUGCAGGAACGAGAUGUCAUCGAGCCUUCGUCGAGUCCCUGGGCUUCUCCCAUCGUGUUAGCCCGAAAGAAAGAUGGAUCUACGAGAUUUUGUGUAGACUAUCGACGGUUCAAUGAUGUCACAAAAAAAGGACAGUUAUCCACUUCCACGAAUCGAUGA